UUUCCGUCUGCACUUCUCUCUCGAGUCCUUCACAGCUCUAGAGUUCUCUUCUGUUUUAUUUCACCUCUCCUUUAGCUCCUUCAUCUUUCCAUCACCAUGAGUAGACACUCACUCUACACCUCUCGUGCCACGCCCGUGUCAUACCGUGCCGCCAGCAUCUACGGAGGAGCAGGAGGUUAUGGUUCCCGGAUCUCCUCGUCCUCGGCCUACGGCAGCCUGCGUUCCGCUCCGCCUGGCUCCUCCAUCUCCUCCAUCUCCUCCUCCAGCGCCUUUAAGGUGAGUUCAGGCCUCGGCGCUGGAGCAGGAACCGGAGCGGGUCUCAGCUCUGGACCCGGAGGCUUCCUGGGAGAUGAAAAGGGUCAGAUGCAGAACCUUAACGAUCGCCUGGCCUCGUACCUGGAUACGGUGCACAGGCUGGAGAAAGAAAACAGCAUACUGGAGCAGAAGAUCAGAGAGGCCAUGGAGAAAGCUGGACCAGAUGCACGUGACUACAGCAAGUACAACGCCAUCCUGGAUGAUCUGAGAAGAAAGAUAUUUGAUGCCACGAUGGAGAACGGCCGGCUGGUCCUGCAGAUCGACAACGCUCGUCUGGCUGCAGAUGAUUUCAGAGUCAAGUUUGAGAAUGAGCUGUCCAUCAGGCAGUCUGUGGAGGCAGACAUCGCAGGACUGAGGAAAGUCAUCGACGACACCAACAUCGGCCGCAUGAACACCGAGAGCGAGCUGGAGGCCCUGAAGGAGGAGCUUCUGUUCCUCAAGAAGAACCAUGAUGAUGAAGUUGCGGACCUGCGUAAACAGAUCACGCAGUCGGGCGUGCAGGUGGACGUAGACGCUCCGAAGGGACAGGACCUUGCUCAGGUCAUGGAGGAGAUGAGAGGCAAUUAUGAGAAACUUGCCAUGAAGAAUGCUGAGGAGCUGAAAAUGUGGCAUGAAAACCAGAUAGCGGAGGUCCAGGUUCAAGUGUCUCAGAACACUGAAGCAUUACAGGGAGCUCAGAUGGAGAUGAAUGACCUGAGAAGACAAAUUCAGACACUAGAGAUCGAGCUAGCAUCGCAGCAAAGCCUGAAAGCCUCUCUGGAGGACACGCUGAGGAACACAGAGCUCCGCUACAACGCUGAGAUGGAGAAAUAUAACAGCGUCAUCAUGCAGCUGGAGGCAGAACUGGCACAACUCAGGGCAAAGAUCACGGAGCAGGGGCAGGAGUAUCAGACCCUCCUCAACAUGAAGAUGAAACUGGAGGCAGAAAUCGCCACCUACAAAACCCUGCUGGAUGGAGGAGAUUUAAAUCUGCAGGACGCUCUGGGUUAAAGCAGGAGAUGAGAAGGAGCUGAAUUCCAUUCUGACAUUAGAUUCAGUCUCCAUCUUAAACUGGUGUUGAAGAAAACAUUCCAAUAAAAAUACAUUUUACAACCUG